UGUUCUCUUAACCAGAAUCAAUUCUUGACACUUUCUUGCUUUGCCUAAAAUCUCUUAAACAGAAUCAAUUUUGAGUUUUGAGUCUCUUGUUUCUGGGCCUUUUCCUCGUACAGAGUCCAGUGUCAGUGUCACCCUCACAAUUUUUGUUUGCAUUCAAAUUCCUCUUUCUCUCGUGAUUUCACUUUCUUCCACCUUCCAUUCCUUUUGGAUUUUCUUUCCUGCAAAACCUGCUCUCUGACAAUGCGAAUUUUCAGUACCUCUGAACUCGCUGUAGCUCAUGUUCCACGCUCAUUGUUGUUUCUCGUUUGGGUUUCCACGCUCUCUCUUGUGGCGUCGCAAAUUGCACCCUCAAAUGAAGGUUUGGCACUUACAAGGUUCAAAGAAGACAUCUAUGAAGACCCAGAUCACGUUUUAUACAAUUGGAAUCCUCUCAUAUCAGAUCCUUGUGACUGGUUUGGGGUUUCUUGUACUGUGGCUAGAGAUCAUGUCAUCAAGCUAAACAUCUCAGGUUCAUCACUGAAGGGGUUUCUUGCACCAGAGUUAGGGCAAAUCACCUAUUUGCAAGAACUAAUUUUGCAUGGAAACAAUCUGAUUGGAAUAAUACCUAAGGAGUUGUGUGUGUUGAAGUCUCUCAAGGUGUUGGAUUUGGGAAUGAAUCAGCUAACGGGACCGAUUCCUCCAGAGAUUGGAAAUAUGACCCAGCUUGUGAACAUAAACCUGCAGUCCAAUGGGUUGACUGGUACGCUGCCUCCGGAACUUGGAAAUUUGAGAUACCUUCAAGAGCUUUGGCUGGAUAGGAAUAAGCUUCAAGGACCUGUUCCUGCUGGCGGCAGUUCGAACUAUGAUUCAAAUAAGAAUGGGAUGAAUGCAUCAGAGGAGAAUAUAACUGGCUUCUGUAAUUCGUCUCAAUUAAAAGUAGCAGACUUUUCAUAUAAUUUCUUAGUUGGUAGCAUACCAAAAUGCUUGGAGAAUCUUGAAAGCUUAAGCUAUCAAGGGAACUGCCUGCAGAGCAAAGACAUCAAGCAGCGGCCUUCGAUGCAAUGUGCUGGUGCUUCACCUGCCAAGAGUCAGCCAGUGGUGAACCCAAACCACCAACCUGCUGAAAAUGUGCCCAAGCAUCAUGGGUCAUCAAAACCUUCUUGGCUUUUAGCUAUAGAAAUAGUAAUGGGAACUAUGGUCGGUUCUCUCUUUCUGGUUGCUGUUCUCGCUGCUUUCCAGAGGUGUAACAAAAAAUCAGCUAUCAUUAUUCCUUGGAAAAAAUCUGCAAGCCAGAAAGAUCAUAUGACAGUUUAUAUAGACCCUGAGAUGUUAAAGGAUGUGAGAAGGUAUAGCAGACAAGAUCUUGAAGUGGCAUGUGAAGACUUCAGCAACAUAAUAGGAUCCUCACCAGACAGUGUGGUCUACAAGGGGACCAUGAAAGGUGGACCUGAGAUUGCUGUAAUUUCUCUCUGCAUUAGGGAGGAGCAAUGGACAGGGUACCUUGAACUCUAUUUUCAGAGAGAGGUGGCAGAAUUGGCAAGGCUAAACCAUGAGAAUACUGGAAAGUUACUGGGCUAUUGUAGAGAGAGCACUCCAUUUACAAGGAUGUUGGUUUUUGAUUAUGCUUCAAAUGGGACACUCCAUGAGCACCUACAUUGUUAUGAAGAAGGAUGCCAGUUCUCUUGGGCACGGCGUAUGAAUAUUGCUAUAGGCAUUGCACGCGGACUCAGAUAUUUGCACACAGAAGUUGAACCUCCAUUCACUAUCUCAGAGCUGAAUUCUAAUGCUGUAUACCUUACAGACGAAUUUUCCCCUAAGUUGAUUGAUUUUGAAAGUUGGAAGACAAUUCUUGAAAGAUCAGAAAAGAAUUCUGGUUCAAUUAGCAGCCAAGGUGCUGUUUGUGUUCUUCCAAACUCCCUUGAGGCGCGCCAUCUUGAUAUCCAAGGAAAUGUUCAUGCUUUUGGGGUACUCCUACUAGAGGUAAUCAGCGGGAGGCCUCCAUACUGUAAGGACAAAGGGUACUUAGUGGACUGGGCCAAGCAGUAUCUUGAAAUGCCAGAAGUAAUGUCACAUUUGGUAGAUCCUGAAUUGAAAAACUUUAAACAUGAUGACCUCAAAGUGAUAUGCGAGGUAGUAAGUCUUUGUAUCAAUCCUGAUGCAACUGCGCGUCCAUCUAUGCGAGAAUUAUGUAGCAUGCUGGAGAGCAGAAUCGACACAUCAGUGAGCGUGGAUCUCAAGUCAUCAUCUUUGGCUUGGGCAGAACUUGCACUUCUAUCUUAAGAUAGUAUUCAAAACUAACAAAUCUACACUGAAGCAGAGAUAUACACAAGUAAUUUUUCUCAAUACUUGUCUGUUUUUUUCUCCCUUCCAUUUUAUUUUUAUGUAAAUGAUUACCAAUAAGGUAUGUGUUAGAUAAGCGCGACAAGAUCUCGUUGUAUAGAAGUAGCAGACAAGUAAUCCAGAAGUUGUUAAAUAGAAGAAGAUUGUAUCAGACAAAUGUUUCCCUUGAUGUACUAUUAUAUUGAGCAUAAUUGUUUUAUU